AUGUCUUCUGACGACAGCAUCAACCGCUACUCAAUGCCUGUGACACGUUCGCGCACCGGAUUGUACGAUGUAGGCCUCGAUCAGACGAACACUACUCGUUUCCUUUUCGGCGACGAGGAUUCAAAUGCGCUGGGCCACAGUGUUCCUGACGAAAACUUCCCGACCCUUGUUCGCCGUGACGACCAGAUGCGCCCUCAGCAGAAUCUCUCUUCGAUCAACGGAACCUCCAACAUUGUGAGCGAUCUUGUGGGCCUCGCCUCUCGGCCUGCUUCCCUCCGUCACUCCAUUGACCUAAAGUACAUCUCCGAAAACGCUAUCGAAACCGGUUCUCUGAUGUCCCCUCCUGGUAACGGCAACAUGGCCACACCCCCUAAGCUACAGGGCUCGUUCUCUUCGAAUGAUGUCCCAACUGUCAAGAGCCCAGGAGGUUCGUCCUCUAAGGCCAACACCCACGCCCAGCAGCAUUUCCACAAUCACAAUGCCAGCCUCGGCCGAAUUCCUGCCGGUGCCAUUCAUCGUGGUCACAGUCGUGAAAUUUCUUCUGACAACACUGCUGUCAGCCGUGAACAAUCUGGCUACCCUUCCAUCCAGUCUGCUCUGCAGGCCAGUGCCGCUCCUUUUGGACCUAGCACCACAGCUCCCGCCCCGGCAUCUAUGGGCAACACCCCAACUGGGGCCCCUUCCAUGAACGGCAACUUUAACAAUAACAGCGGGUAUUAUCCCGUCAGCGGCUACGGCGUUCCCCAGGGUGCUCCCCAGGGCAGUGUUCCACAAGGAGCCCCCCAGGGUGCCACCCAUCAGCCCAGCGCCUACAAUGCGAACAUGCUUGCGAGCAGUAUGCAGCAGAUGAGCAUGAAUGGAGCCAACGGUGGCAGCAUGUAUCAGCCUCAGAACUACAACGGAUACAAUGCUGGUCACUACAACCAGAGCAACCAGCCUCGCGACAGCCAGGCCCGUGUCAUGCAGCAUCGCCGCCAGCUUGACAAUGAAGCCAUGUCCCGCUUCCAGAACAUGCCUCUCGAAUCAUUCGUAGGUACAAUCUACGAGCUUUGCAAGGACCAGCAUGGCUGCCGCUACCUCCAGAAGAAGCUCGAGGAACGUAAUCCUGACCAGGUCCACAUGAUUUGGAACGAAACCAACAAGCACGUCAUUGAGCUCAUGACGGACCCGUUUGGUAAUUAUUUGUGCCAAAAGCUCCUUGAGUUCUGCAAUGACGAUGAGAGAACCACUUUGAUUCAAAACGCUUCCCAGGAUAUGGUCCGCAUUGCGCUCAAUCAACACGGUACACGCGCGCUCCAGAAGAUGAUCGAGUAUGUGAGCACCCCUCAGCAGGUUCACAUCAUCAUCGAGGCCCUUCGUUUCCGAGUCGUCGAGCUCAUCCAGGACCUCAACGGCAACCAUGUCAUUCAGAAGUGCCUCAACAGACUUCCUCCCCAAGAUGCCCAAUUCAUCUUUGAUGCUGUGGGCAACAAUUGUGUUGAGGUUGGUACCCACCGACAUGGCUGCUGUGUUCUUCAGCGUUGUAUCGACCAUGCAUCUGGUGACCAGAAGCUUUGGCUCAUCCAGCGCAUCACUGAGCAUGCGCGAGUCCUUGUUCAAGAUCCCUUCGGCAAUUAUGUCGUCCAAUACAUCAUUGACUUGAACGAGCCUAUCUUCACUGAGCCUAUCGUUCAGACCUUCAAGGACUGUAUCAGCCAGUUGUCCCGUCACAAGUUCAGUUCCAACGUCAUCGAGAAGUGCCUUCGCUGUUCCCAGCCUCCCUCAAGGGACCUUAUCGUGGACGAGCUUCUGCGCAACCAGGAUAUGGAGCGCCUUCUUCGAGACUCUUUUGCCAACUAUGUCAUUCAGACAGCCUUGGAGUACGCCACCCCUCAUUACAAGUAUCGUCUUGUAGAGGCGAUCCGCCCAAUCUUGCCUCAGAUCAGAACUACACCCUACGGUCGUCGCAUUCAAGCUAAGAUCUCGGCCUUCGACAACCGUGGUAGCGCUGCUUCUAGCGGCCAGGUGACACCCGCCGAUAACACCCAAGGCCAAAUCCCUCUACGGGCUGCCCACUCUCGAGGUCUCUCUGGAAAUGUUCCUAUGCUUCAGGGCAAUGGCAUUCCUCCCAGUGGUCCCAUGCCCACCAUGCGCCAAAACAUGGCUGUCUAUUCUCCUACCCCAGCCAUGAAUGGCCAGACCCCUCCUGCUGGCGCACCUGUUCAGCAACCCCAGUAUGGACAGGCUCCAGGCGACUUUACCCCCAACUCUGCUUCCAACGGCGCUGCUAAGGGUAGCGCCGGCCCUACGACUCCUGCCAACGGCAGCACGGGCAACACCGGGGAGGUUCAGUGGGUUUAG